AAAAUAUGUAACCGUAUAUGGAAAACUUGGGAAAAAAGAAUUGAAGAGUGUUGAAUGUUAGAUUUUUGUAUUAAAAGUUAGGACCUCCAAAUCGAGUUUCAGGGUUUCAAAGCUCCACAUCUGUAGAUUGAGUGGAGAGGAUUAACAAUUAGAAUGGUGUUGGUUCUAGCAAUCGGAGAUCUGCACAUACCUCACAGAGCCGCUGAUCUUCCGGCUAAGUUCAAGUCGAUGCUCGUCCCUGGAAAGAUUCAACACAUAAUUUGUACUGGAAAUCUCUGCAUCAAAGAAGUUCAUGAUUACUUAAAGAGUUUAUGCCCCAGCUUGCAUAUAACUAGGGGUGAGUAUGAUGAAGAAUCUAAGUACCCAGAGACAAAGACUCUCACCAUUGGACAAUUCAAGCUUGGUUUUUGUCAUGGUCAUCAGGUAGUUCCAUGGGGAGAUCUGGACUCACUAGCCAUGGUGCAGAGGCAGCUAGAUGUGGACAUAUUGGUGAGUGGGCACACCCACCAGUUUAAGGCAUACAAACACGAGGCCGGAGUUGUGAUCAACCCUGGUUCUGCAACUGGGGCACAUAGUAGCAUCACCUAUGAUGUCAACCCUAGUUUUGUUCUGAUGGACAUUGAUGGUCUCCGCGUAGUGGUAUACGUCUAUGAACUCAUUGAUGGAGAAGUCAAGGUUGACAAAAUUGAUUUCAAGAAGACUGCUGCACCCCCAUCUACACCCACCCUUUGAUGAUUCCUGCCACCAAAACUGUUCUCUGCAGUUUUUUAAAGGACUCCUUUCCCGUUUGAUCAUUUUAAGGACUUUUUGCCAACCUGAACUAUAUAAAAUUUGCUACAAUCACAAGUAACAAUAAUAUGUUUUUUUAUGGAGUGUGGUAGUAAAGGAUGGUUUUGAAAUACUCCUUUUAUAGCAUUAUCAUCUUUUUUUUUAUUUGACGGUGCCAAACAAACCAGUCCCUUGCCCUUUUAAUAAACAAUACGUAGUGUGUACUAUUUUUCUCACAUGUACAGAAGCAUUAUCAUACAAUUUUCACCUACUUAUUUCUAGCGUUAGUCAAAACAUUUGCAGGAAGGAUUGGAUAUUUGGAUCAACAAGUAUGGGAUCAUAUUUUUUCGUUUGCAACAAAACAGUUGUGAUGUUAACAAUACAUUAA